GAUUUCAAGUUAGUCGGUGAUGGAAGAUUGGGGGCGCGGAGGAGACGAUGAUGGUAUUUCCAGUUGCUGCGGCGAUUGAUGAACUAGGGAGCGCGAAGGCGACGUCACGGCCGCCGUCGAUUGCUCCGAUCGGCCGACGGAUUGAGCAGCGUGGACGAGGCGAUGCAGCGGGAGCCCAAUCCUCUGGUGGGUCUGGGUUUCGCGGCGGAUUGCGAAUCGAGAGAGAUGAAUGAUGGCAGAGAGGCGAUCUUUAUUCGCCGGAAUCUGGGUUCCUUCGCCUUUCUUAGUCGACAGAAUAUAGGUGUAAAUCGAACAUGCAUGCACCUAGAAAGCAUCUUAGAACUCUCUGAGAUUGGGACUGAAUCGGAAUUCCAGGUAAUUAGUUCGUUCUUUGCACAAUGGGGU